AUGUCCUCCAUAGCUCCAAUAUCCACAUAUCCUCCUCCCUCUGCUGACGACACUCCCAUUAACCCUCUCAAACGUCCGACCUCUUCCGACCAGACCCCUCCUGAACCUCCGAAGAAGAAGAAGAAAUUCGAACCUCUCCCUGCAUUCCCUUCCAACACCCCUUAUAUAAGUUUUAUCCUGAACGACCAUUUUGCUAUCCUCCGCGAACGUCAGAAAAACCCCAAUGGCCCACAUAUCCCUCUGCCAGCGGUCACGGUGGUUUCAUCCUCCUGGGACUGGAGCAUAAGACCUCCUGCCAUCCUCUUGGAGACUCCGGAGGGUCAAGCUUGGCUGGCUCGUCAGAAUAAACCAACCCCCUCGACUACACCACCAGUCAAGACUACGUCUCCUACGACAAAGGACAAACGUCAUUCCUCCGAGGGUAAGCAUAAACAUCGAUCGACCUCGGCUCACUCUUCCUCCUCGAACAAGCAUCAUCGUCGUCAUAAGACUAGUAAAUCGGAAGGGUCAAAGAGAUCUUCUUCUUCUACUAUCACACCUUCUGGAACCAACGUCGUUACAUCCAACCUUCGCACAUCGGUUAACGAAGUCCCAGCUAUUCGUCCGAUUCACCCUCUCAACAGGAAACCCUCUAGCUUUGACUUACCGUCCAUCCCACACAUUAGUACUUCUCUUGCUAAUGUGAACAACCACGCCGUCAAAGUUUCCUCUCCUCUGAAAAUGGUGACUGGACCGGAAGAUAUUGAACUCCGUUCACAGACAAUCCCUCUCAAGACCAAGGAAGUCGAAAUCGGGAGUGUAAAACGUCUUCGCACAGCCUCUAGCCCACUAAAGGUCUCGACGGUGCUAGGCGAAGAGUCUCAGAGGUUGGGAGGGGUUGAUGUUCCAUCUGUGGCCGCAGAACCUCGACGAGGUCCCUCAAGAAGGGCGAAGACAAUCUCACCUUCUCAACUCAUCCGUCCACUUCCCGACGUCGACACCACUCCGCUCGACGUUGAUGUCCGUGAUGUCUCGAGAAGUAGUAUCGAGACUCAGUCUCCCAAGAAAAGGGUUCAGAGCAAGACUAUCUCUCCUCCUCAACCGCUCCAUCUACUUCCAGAAGUCUCUGGUAAGACCGAAUCUCCCAUCAAACGGGGAACCAGAAAAAUGUCUGAGGUAAUGGCGGAAGCGGCGGGAAUCAGACAGGUGGUGAAGAGUGAAGCGGCGGUGCCUACAGCUACUUUUGGGAGGGCAAAGAGGGAGAAGACUUUACCCGCUCGAUUAAGGGAUUAUACAAUCACUGCUGAAAUUAUAUGGUGA